AUCUCGGAUUUGAUGAGCUUAUUUAAACAUCCGAUUGUUAACAGGUUCCUUUAAAGGGUUAAAUGAAAAUGCAGAAACUCGUGAAAGAAUAGUAUUAUCUGGAACACUAUGACAAGGGUAAUAGGAAUCAUACCUGAAAUACUUACCUGGACUGUGUUGCUUUAUUCAUCAAGGACUUGUUUUGGGUUGAAUUUUGUUUGUGAGCCAGGAUGGCGGAGAGCAGGAGAAUAUUGUUAUCAAUAUCACGGAGAACAUAAAUCAUGGACAGGUGCACGAAAUGUUUGCAGGGGAAGGAAUGGUUAUCUUGUGAAUAUCAGAGACUAUGGAGUUCAGAGGUACACCGAAGGAAUAGUAAACGGAUGUGAACACGUUUGGACAGCGGGACAUAGAGGUUCUGGUUACUGGUUCUGGGAUAGCCAACACAGCACGCGUAUACAAUGGUCAAACUGGGACAAAGGUGAACCAAAUUACUUAAAUCACAAUGAAAACUGUUUGGAACUUAAGAAAGCGAAAGGAUAUAGAUGGAAUGAUCUCAAAUGUGACACGAAAAUGGCCUUUGUUUGUGAAAAACACGCUUGUCAUCUGCCUCCUCACUGUACCCAGACAACAUGUACUAAUAGGAAUGAUUAUCUCUGUCAACGGUGCGACCACCAAGGAACAGAUGUAUUUCAUUCGCUCUUCUGGCUUUCGAGUGAUCAGCGAAGUUGUGACGCGACCUGUUCCUGGAAGGAAAAUUGGUGUUGGCCUGGGGCAUGUAUCGCAAACUUGGCAAAGAACUGUAACUGCAGUGACGGUUUCUCCUUGGUUUCAUCUAAUCCUGCAAGAUGCCAACUAACCAAGAAGCCUCAUAUUCUCACUUGUCGCUUGGGUGCCGAAAGCAAUAAAGGAGAGGUUGGGAACUCGACAACCAAUGGAGAAUGCGAGAAUGAAAGAUCUACAUAUAUAAAUUUUCAGCCUGCCUCCUUAUUCUUCAAGUUCACAAUGAUGUUUGAAAUGCCACACAACUUACCUACCAAACCUAAAUAUAUAACGGAGUAUCAAUUUGGAGUUGUACAUUCAGAGGUGCAAUUGAAUAAGGAAAAUUGGCAAGGUGAAAAACGUGUUCUAGAUAUCACGGAAUUAAUUGAUACCAGAACAUGCACACAUGGGAUGAGCGAUCUAGAUCCAAAGGCAGACCAGCCAAUCGAUUGCAAUCAGUUGCUUUAUCACCAGAAAAACUGGUAUAUGCAAGAUGGUGAAAGGCUAUGUCUGACCUAUAAAACAUCGAGCGGUGGAUUCAUGAAAUACCAAGAUUUUUCAAAUACAGAAUCCAGUCCUAUCAUAUAUGAUAGAGUCAAUGAAUCAAAUGAGGUUUGUGUCAACUUUGAUUCUUCAUCACCGAAGCAUUGUAGUGAAGAGGCAACUUGUAAAAGAAAGAAAGAACCAAUAAUUUUAAUACCAGGACGGCUAACACGGAUGGCGAAUGUCAACGUUGAAAUAUCAGGUUGGGUAGAUCCUUUUCCUCUACGGCCCAAUCAAGCUUCUGGUAUCAAAAGCUACACUGUUACCAUCCACGACACGAAAGAAAUAGAUAAGAACACACUCAUUAUGGAUGAAAAAUCCAUUCAAACCCACAACUUACUGUUGAAUGAUUCUGUCCGUAUUUUACUACCACGGGAACCUGCACUUUAUGGAAUCUCACUGGAAGUACUGGAUAAUGCUGGGAAUGUGAAGUCUGCCAGAAGACUCGUAAUGUUUGACAACUCUUCUGAAAUACGUAUAAAUAGUAGAAAUCAUUUAAAAGUAGAUUCAGCUAGUUUACAAACAAAUUUUACAUGGCAAACGCACAGAGGAAACAGCUGUAUUUCAUGGAAAGAUCGAUAUUAUAAUUCUUAUAAUCGUGGAUAUAACCUCCUCCGUAAAAUUCAGAGAGAUUAUCAUGGACUUUACAAUGGAGUGUAUGAACAAGAGAUUGGGACUUUGUCAGUUUCAGGAACUCCCAAUGUCUUUGGAAUUGUUUCAUUUUAUUAUUCAUGGUACAAAGGGAAGAGAGCAAUGUCGAGACAAGUACAAGUUCCAGGUUUUCCUGCCCAGUGGUUUUGUGUUGAUUUUGACAUAAAAGAUGGAGACACUCACACUAUACAGAUACAAUCUGAGGACAUUAUGCAAAAUACACUUGCUGAAAACAUCACUUUUCACGUGGAUUCAAGUGUACCUUAUAUUGAAGAUAUCUGGCUAGAAAAAGAUGGCGUAAAACAAUUAUUUGUCCAUAAUUCAAAGGACCUGUCAAAAAUGACCCUGGAAUUCAAAGCUUAUGACCCUCACAGUGGACUUUAUUCUCUCGAAUAUUUUCUAGGUACAUCGAUAGGCGGAAAUGAACUGGCAUACAAAGCAGUUGGUGUACAGGUUUUAGUUAACAAGACAUGCAAGUCGUUGGAAAAUUGUUACUGCCCAAGUGUUGGACUUUGUGAAAGUUCCUUGUAUAGAAUUGAAUUCAAUCACCUGAUAAAGAACCACACAAAUAUUGGACAACAUAAUAGGGCUUACUAUUUUACGGUCAAAGCAACAAAUGGCGCAAGGUUAGUAAAUAUUCAGCACCUGGACAUUCUUUCUGAUGAUUCUCCUCCUGUCAAAGGCGUGGUAGUUGAGGGACCAAAUGGACACCCUGAUAUUGAUUACACCAGAGAAAAUUCAGUCAAUGUCAGGUGGAGUGGAUUCAUAGACCAUGAAAGUGGAAUUAUGAAAUACCGGAUUGGUGUAAGUGAUCAUUGUCUUACAUCUGUGCAAAUGAACACAAAUCUUCAUUUCAUAUCUAAAAACAAUACAUUUUACGAAACCGCAAAUGACUUCCUCGAAAUAGCAUUACCAUACGAUGACCUCUAUCAUUUUUCUGUUUUGGCUUUCAACAAUGCUUUAGAACCAUCUGACGUCGUUUGCUCGGAUGGCAUUACUCGGGACUCUUCCCCAGUUGUAGUGAAGGAUUUCAUUUUAGAGUCAUCUAAAGCACGACCUACAAUUGGAUGUUUUAAUGGAAAACCAUGGCAUGUUCUGGAAAAUCUGACAGUCUAUGAACUAGAAAACACAAAGGAAUGUCAAGAAAUUUGCAAUGGAUCUGCUUCUAUGCAAAUAAUACAAUAUUUCCCCAAAAUAUACAGGUAUAGAAAUCAUUCAGAAUAUUCUACAGCUAUGUGCAUCAAAAUUCGAAAAUAUUCGUCUGGAGACUGGUUCAUCUAUAUCCCUUCUGACAAAAUGAAGUUUUCUUGGAAAUUGGUUGAGCAGGAAUCCCAAAUUCGAGGCGUCAAAAUAGGAUUUGGAACGACAGAGAGCACUUACAGGGCCCCCGAUUUGAUAUCAUUCAUGAAAACAUAUAAAUUUGAUGGGUAUCAAAGUAUGCAUUUAGGGUUAAGUAUCGGCUCUCCAAUGUACACAUUCGUAAAAGUUAUGAACAAAGCAGAUAUUGAAACCGUUGUGAAAUUUGGUCCUUUUAUCAUUGACGAAACGCCGCCUAUCUACAAAAGAAAAGUAUCAAUCCUUCAAUAUUCAGAAGAAAUAUUUGUGGGUUGGAACAAUGAUACAUUCAUCGAAGCCGAGCAAAAGGAAUCCAUGGACUCCAUACUUUUCCGGAUAGGUACCGAUGGAAAACUCCUUACUCCUAUCCUAGAAGCAAAAAUUAAAGAGACGUGUCCUGGAAAUUACACAGCAUGUUUCAAUUUUCCCAUUUAUCGAGUUUUGAAACUCAAUUCCAAAAAGGACUCAGAAUAUUACUUUCAUCUCUACGUCUUCAAUAGAGCAGGUCAUUUUGUCGAAGUUCAAACAGACUCUUUCCUUUUACCUCCCCGAUUUCCUCCGACCAGUGGAACAAUAAUUGAAAUAGAAUCAGAUCGUUAUUUUACAGGUGAGGACGUUGAUUUUAUUUUUCAAAACGAUACGAUAUGCUUUGAAUGGAGAGGUCUUUGGCAUAUUCAGAUGGUGUCUCUAGCCAUAGGAAUUGGUUCCUCAAAAACAAACAACAACGCCAUUGGUUUCCAGAACAUAUCUUUGGAUACAAAAUGUAUUUACAAUUUAAAUUUAACACCGUUUAAGAAAUAUUAUACGAUUGUGCGGGCAACUGUUGGCCAUCAAUCUACCAUGUCUAUAUCUGAUGGUUUUACGGUUAUCGAUAACGAGACUGUUUCCAAAGCUCUCGAUGUUCACACUGGAAUUUCUUGUCGGACUCGACGGUAUAUUGAAUUACUAUCCUUAAACACUACAAACCCGCAUUCCACAUUUUCAGUUAGAUAUCCUCUGAAAACGUUUACGGUGUACACAGUGCUUGCAGAUAGAAACAAAUUGGACAGCAAGGACAUAUUUUGGAUAAACAAAUCGAUGAACCAGUUCAUUCCACUGAUUUCGUAUCCCAUAUUUUACUCAACAGAUAGAAGUUCUCACACUAGUACUAAUGUUUAUAUUUCACCUUGUCAAGAGGGAAAACAUUAUCAGUACAGUAAAAGUAAAUUUGAUAUAUUUUGGAGAAUUAAACCUACUUUUGGAUCACAGAUAACACAUUAUCAAGGAGGCCUUUUUCUUGUUGGCCAAAAUGGAUCUAAAACAGUCGUCGAUCCAAUGAAAGUUUUAGGAAAUGUUUCACAAUAUCACAUCAGUGGAUUGCAGUUGCAGAGAGGUCAUGCUUACAGUGCACUUAUAAGACCAUGCUUUCAAAAAAAGUGCCUCCCUGGAAAAUUCUCAGAGACAGUGGUUAUUGAAGAAUCUGAAGACGAUGGAAACAGUAUUCAAGCGUCUAUCAGCACGAACAACAAAGAACAAAGAGAGACCAAGCUGAAUAUUGGUUUCAAAAGAUUCCUGUGUGGUAAAUCAGGAAAAGCCUUGGGUUAUGCUGCUGCAUUAUUUGUCAAUGUACAUCGUGAACACCUAACACCAUGGUUGCCAAUCACCUUUGAUUUAGACCUUCCAUUUGUAAAUAAUACAUUUCCGCUUAAGCUUUCCGUCUAUGAACACAGAAAGAUGGAUGUUUGUGUUAAAGCAGUUUGUAUUACUGGUCAUGCAAUUAUUUCAUGCCAAAAUGUUAAAAUGAAAUCAAAUCCUAAUGAAUAUUCAUCGCAGAUUCUUUACGAAAUAAAUUCCGAGUCAGAUGCUUUUUCGACUAUUGCGAACCUUGCAAGUAGUCAAUAUCUAGGAGAAAAGUUGCAACUUCUUCAUGAUAACGAAGUUGACGUAACAUUACCUGGUAAAAAGGUCUAUGGAUUCUUAAACGGGAAAUAUGGAAGAUUAAUUACAUGGUAUUUGAUGAGGCAACCGAUGCUACCACAUCAAGAUUGCGAAACUGAUCUUAACUGCCUUCAGUCAACUACAUCACAUGAUGGAGUUGGACGGUUUACCAAAAUGUCACUGAAGUCCAGUGUAAUGUAUUACAUAUGUGCCCAUUCAAACCCAACUUUUGUUCGUCUUGAUGAUGCAACAGUAGAACUUGAAGAAUUAUUUCUUUGUGGAAACGGAUUUAUAAUCGAUGAUACACCACCGUUUCCAGGAGAAGUUGAGAUUCUGAAUGCACACAACAAAUAUCUCACAGAUGAUGAAGAAUUGGAAUUACAUUGGUCUGGUUUUUCAGACUUAGAAAAGCAGAUCAAAACAAUUGAAAGUGGGAUUGCCAGAUACGAAUAUUGUAUUGGGUCAUUUGAGGGUGGUCAGGAUAUCUUGCAGUAUAGAAAUGCUGGAUUGCAAACGCCAAUCAAAAUUUCAAAUUUGAAUUUGACAAACGGAAUGACAUACUUUGCCACAGUCAAGGCUAUCGAUCUUGUCGGUCAUACUACAGUCGUUUCUUCCGUCGGAAAAAUAGUAGAUAUAUCGCCACCUAAAGUUGGAAUAAUUUCCAUUGGUAAUGGCGGGUCAGAAAACACAGUUCUUUCGGGAGGUAUCAUUUCAUUUCAAUGGGAAGGAUUUACAGAUGUGGAGAGUGGUAUACAACAAUUUCUUCUAGGUGUUGGUUCAACAAAUGAUUCUGUUGAUGUGAUAGACUUUAGGUCUAUUGAAGGAUCGUUUACUAGAAUAAAUCAGUCGGAAUUAAUGAUUGAUGGAUAUCAAUAUUACGGUAUUUUGAAGGUUGUGAAUAAUGCUGGACUUCACAUUGUAACAGCAUCGGAGCCAUUUAUGUUUGACAAAUCACCACCCCAAAAGGGAAUUGUGAGAGAUGGUGUGCGUUCUUUGAUGGAUGAUAAUGACUUCCAAAAUGAUACAAGGAUUUAUCAUUGCCAUUGGACAGCGUUUCUUGAUCCCCACUCAGGAAUUCAUUUCUAUGAAGUAGGAAUGGGAACGAAACCUUUCACCUUUGAUGUAUUUCCAGCUUGCAAUGUUGGGCUCCUAAAAGAGUUUUCAUGGCACAGCGUGUUUGAGCCCGGUGUAAAGUACUUUUCAACCGUGAAGGCGUGUAAUUAUGGUGGUCUUUGUACCUCUGUAUCGAGCGAUGGAAUAAUCAUGGACGAUUCCCCUCCAGUACCAGGACUUGUGUAUGUUGGAUCCAGCGAUCAACACGAACCAUAUCUGCCUCACAGCAGUUCAAUAUCAGCCUUAUGGGUGGGUUUCGUGGAUCCCCACUCUGAUAUCGAUCAUUUUGAGUGGUGCAUUGGUAUACGUCCCGGUAACUGUCAGAUAAAACACUUUCAGAACAUCAUGCUGUCAAACCGAAUCACAAGAACCGGACUAAGCCUACCCAAUUCCACAAAUCUUUAUCUGACUGUGCGUGCAUUUAACAGGGUUGGAUUAUUUACAGAACGCUCAUCUCCAAAGUUUCAGAUUGACAGCAGUCCUCCUACAGUGAUCGUACGACCUGAAUUCAUUACUGAUGGAUUAUCAUUGGUAAAUGAUACUCAGUUCGACAAUUCUGUGAUCAAAGUUCGAUGGCAAUUUGAAGAUUUGGAGAGUUCUAUAAUAAGACAUCAUGUCAUUAUAGAGGUCAAUAAAAAUGGACAUGUAAUACUCGAAGAGAAUGAUAUUGGUAGUGAACGCCAGUUAAUGAUAACUUCUAUCAAUGAAACGAUUUUAACGUCAGGGGAUUCUUACAUCGCAAAAGUGUCCGCCUGUAACGGCGCCGGACUUUGUACAACAGAAAUAUCUUAUCACUUACUGGUUGACUCUUCUCCACCAACACUGGGUGGAUUCAAGAAUCCUAUGUCAUGGCAUAAUAUCGGACACAUCACCAGAGUUCACCUAGCAUGGUACGGUUUUGACGAUUUUGAAUCUGGCCUUAGUGAAUAUCACAUAAGUGUUAGCCAGUCCUACUCGGGGGAUGAAUUAUCGAAUGGUUCCGUAAUUGUUAAACACUCCACCAAAGGCCAACAGUCCUUAGCACUGAAUUUGUCCACAGAGAUCAGCAAUAAUGAUAUCAUAGUUUUAUCCAUCACUGCAGUUAAUAAUGUUGGUUUAAGGAGUACAACCGGGAAAGUGUCUGUGAUUCUCAUAGCGUCCGACGUAACGCAUAUGAGAGGGUACCUUAAACUUCAGAGAUAUUCAUGUGUCUCCCACUAUUGCAACAACGAUUGUACUUGUGCUGUUAUAGGACAAAAAUGUGUAAAUAAAAUUAACGUUCCGUGUAGAGAAAUAACAGAUUCAUCUGAACUUCGACCUACUAUCUCAGUUCAUUUUGGGAGCCUCGGAAAACCUGCAAAAAUUACUUCCAGUUCUCGCUGCAUAUCAGGGUACUGGGAGAAAAACGGAAAUUCGCCGGGGAGUGUUUUGCGAUAUGAAUGGAGUCUAGGGGAAACUGGGGCUAGCCCAGGAAGCGGAAUAUUUGAUCGAACGAAAGAAAAUAUAUGGAAUGAUAUCGGCUUAAACACUUACAUCGUGUACUGUUUACCUAGAGAAAAAGUCCUUAAUCAUGAGCAACAUUAUACCCUUUAUGUGAAAGCAUGGAUGUCUGAAAGCGACUUCCUCAUCUUUUCAUCAACACCCCUCUUAGUUGAUUUGACGCCUCCAACGAUAAAACGCGGUCGUUCAGUUAUUGAAUCGGAAGAUAAUUGUGAAAGUGAUAUAGAUUUUAUUGAGAUCUCUAGACCUUUUCUGAUAUGUUGGAAUGGUGUGUUUACAGAGGGACAAACCUACAUUACGUCUUACGAUUUCAGUGCAGGAACAAGACCAUUCGCUGAUGAUUUUAUACCACGCACGACUGUGAAUACAUCUUCCGUUGAGGUUAUUCAAACAAUGAUACCAGGAACUAGAUAUUUCUUCACCAUCGUCGCUAAAAACAACCUGGGCUUGGAAACCACUGCAGUGUCCGACGGAAUACUCGUUGAUACUCAGCUCCCUGUGCCUGGCACUGUGUACAAUACAAAACAUUUUCGGAACCUUUUUUAUCAGUCCUCAAACACUACACUUUCCACAUCGUGGCAUGGGUUUGAAGAUCAUCAGUCUUUUGUUGAUUCCUAUGAAGUAGGUGUUUAUGAAGAAAACAAUGGUGCUUUAAUCCGGAAAGUUGAAUCGGUAGCCAUGUCUUCUCACUUUACAUUUAAUGACCUUAACCUUAAGCACAACGCAAGUUACUGCGUCAAAGUACGCGCAUACGAUGCAAUGCGUCAUUCCACCCCAUAUGUUAGUUCACAUUCAGUAAGGAUUGAUAAUACACCACCCUUUGGAAUUAAAUGCCAAAAAUUUGAAGAAAUCAAAUUUAAUUAUUCCACGAACAUAAUGCACAAAACGAUGCAUGGCCUAAAGAAAGUAAUUGUAAAAGGUAGCUUUACCUCCAUAAAGAAUGGCAUCUACAAAGUUGUAGUGGAUAUUCCAGGGGAUGUGCAGUUCAACAAACUGAAAUUGCACAUUGGAAACGAAACAAUGCUUUUACACAUGUCACAAAAUGCACUCUCAAGUUCCUCGACAGAACAUCAGUAUUUGUCAAUAUAUGAGGGAAAAGUUGAAUUGAGAUUCAAAGUUUUAAGCCGACAUCAUAUAGUCCAUGAAACUAUUCAAGUACGCCUCUAUCGUUGUGCUUUGUCUGCACUCACCACAUCUCCUUUGAUGGUACGUCAAGUAAGUCCUGGAUUACUAUCUAUCUGCAGUUUCAUAUUCGAUUCUGAGAGCGGAGUUCAAGAUUUUCUAGUUGGAGCAGGGACAACUCGAGGAGGUUUCCAAGUGAGGCCACUUGCUCCUUUCUCCAAAUUGAAUCAUGGUAUAAUAGAAGUUGACGCUCCUCAUGGCAGCCGCAUCCAUUUGACAGCCAGAGUAAGAAACUAUGCUGGUCUGUCGUCAAAAUUCGAACAAGUAAUAAUGCUAGAUCAUACACCACCAAUUGUGAGUAAUUUAAGAGUAGAUAUACGGAACAUUGAGGCAAAGGAAGACAUGGAAAUCAUUAGGACCAUGAAUGGAAAAGUAACAGAAAAUGAAACACUUUCAACACAUUUCACAGAACCUGUCGUGAAUACUAGUAUCGCCAAAACUGAAAUAAAAGUCACCUGGAAUGUGAGCGAGGAGGAAAGUGGAAUUUUAUUUUGUUCUUGUUCUGUCGGUUCUUUGAGUAUAUUAGCAUCGAGAAGUUGGCAAAGGAGUCUUGAUAAUUCAGAGUGCAAAUUAUCAAAUCUGAUGUUUGAUCAUGGAGCCAUGGUAUCAGUAUAUGUCAGAUGCAUAAAUAAGGUUCAGCUUUUGGGAGAAAGAAGGGCAGGGCCUUUCAUAAUCUACCACGAACCACCAAAAAUUGAGCGUUCGUCUCUUUCUUUUUAUCCAAACAAUCGCUUUACUGUUUUAACUGGUGAACCAAACGUUGAAGUACAAUCAAACCUGACCUACAUCGACUUUUCUUGGAAUGGCUUUAAAGAUGAAGCUGGUAUAUCCAACUACGAAACUCGAAUACGAAAGAACGAAGUAGUCAUCGCACCAUGGAACUCGACCGGCCUGCGUAAUAGUGCAUCACAAAAAAUAAUACACGCAAUUGCAGCAGAUACCAUCCACGUUGAUGUUCGAGCAAUGAAUAAAGGCGGGUUCCACAGUCAAAUCAUAAAUGCCUCUCUUGUUCUGGACAACAGACCACCCAGUUUAACAGGAGGAUCGGCAUCAUUAAAUUCUAAAGGAGAAAAUUACUCGAUUCGCUGGAUCAACGUUUUCUUGCCUAGUCAGUAUGGUUCUACUGUUUACCAAGUCUCAGUCGGUUCAAGCGAUGGCUGUUCAGAUGUGCAGUCUCCGGUGUAUACCCGGGCAGAAGAAUUACAUUUUGAUUGGAUUCCAGAUAACUCUCAGCAUCAGCUAUUUGUUAACAUACUGGCUUUUGCACCAAAUGGGGAAUUUACUCGCUUUAACAAGAAAUUUUCCGUUUAAAAUCAUAUACCUAAAUCAAGAUUUUCUCACUAUACAAGAAAGUGUUGUACCAGAAAUAUAUAGUAUUAUAUAAUUCUUCUUUAUUUGAUAUACUGGGAACUCCGUCCACACACAUUUAUACUUAAUGUUUUGUUGUUAAGUGCUGUUGAUAUAUUAUUCGGAAUAAAUAUAUAUCUGCAUCAAUA